AUGGUUUGCAUUGGUAUUGCCAGCCAUCGGAAUAGGGCUAAUCGAAUUCUUGAAAUUAAUCAAAAACCGUUGUUAGGAUUUAUAGAUGUUAUCAUAAUGUGUUUCACAUCGGCUUUUGCUGGUGUUUGUUUGGAAAAAGUGUUAAAACGAAGUAGCGGUAAAUAUUUGGAUGGAAGACGUUCGUCUCGCCAUGCUCGGUAUACCAAUUAA